AUGGUGCUCUACCGCACUUUCAACACAGCAUGGCAUUUCCGAGACAUUUGCAUCCGUCGCAUGGAGUUUGAUGCCUGGAAAGAACUUAUUGAUACCAUUAACUCUGCUCAACAGGCUAUGUGCCAGACAAUUGGUGUUUAUCCUGGAGGCUUAUUGGUGCUGGAAAAAGAUGCUACAUAA